CCAGUGCUCACCGCCAAACAGACGUGGGCCCCGGAGUGGGUGAGACGAGACCCCCAUGUGGAAGGGGGGCCUCCUGAGUACCAGGCCCGUGUGGCAAAACCAUCCCGCAGACAUGGGAGAGUCCAGGGCCCUGGCCACCCCACCCUCCCGAGUCGGCGUCUGUGCCAAGCUGAGGAAGGACAGUGGGCCCUGCCCAGCAGCAGCAGCCGCCCGGGGGUGGGGCUGCCGGGGCACAAUAAGCCCAGCUCGCCCGCAGCAGGACUGGGGGUCCUGGUGGGGAAUGAGGCAGGGCAGGCAAGCUUGGCAAGAAGGGGCCACUCCUGGCCCAGGCAGCUGGAUGUGGCUUCCGGAGAAACUUGGGGGUGAGUGGAGACAGACCAGCGCAGGCAGGGCUGAGUCUGAGGCCAGGGUGGAGAGGGACCCUGACCCCACACCCAGGGUCACCCAGUGCCUCACCCUCCCUGAGAGGGUGGGCUGCGCCCAGCAGCCCAGGAGGCCGCGGGCAGAUCUGUACGGACUGUGGUGACACCGGCUCCACAGAGCCCUCAGAUGCUGGAGAAGAGACUCUGCCACGUGGUCUGCCCCCUCAGGGCCAGCAAGAUAAGGGGGUCCUUCCUGGGCUGGGUUUCCGAAGCAGGGACACAGGCUGGGCCCCCAGUUCCUUCUGGGAGGCCGUGCCGUGACCCCACUGCACAGCUGAGCAGCCAAGGGCCUUGAAGGUGGCUUCUGCCCCCACAGCUCCUCUGCCAUGGGGGUCUCGGGGCUGCACUGUGAGGACACAGAGCCAGAGGCAUCUGGUGGAGGGAGAAGGAGCUCCCACAGUGCGCCUGCCUCUCACACGAGUGCAACACACACACACACACACGUUCACACAUCAACACAUCACGCCCAUGCUCGUCCCACCACACACCCUGGACUCAGGCCCAGGCUGUGCACAGGUGGCCGGUGCUGUGAGCCUCCAGAAGUUCCUCCAUGUUCUCUGGCCUCAAGAAGGCCCCGACAGUGUGGGUCACAGGUCCACCCCAGGACCCGGGUACCCCAGCUCCUGCUCCCGCCGGGACCCUCACGGCCAGCCUUAUUGCAGGUUUCCUUCGGAGCUCAACCCUCACCCUCCUCCUGUCCCUCGCCACCCACUGUUCUGGGCCCCAGGCCAAGGGUCUUUGCCCAGGAGGGACGGAUGCCAGCAGGGCCGACCUGUGGGCCAGUGCCAACCGCUCCCAGCUGCAAGGCUUCUGGUGCCAGCCGGCCAGCCAGCUGCCCCGGGACCAGCUCUCAGCCCUGAUCCGGAGGCUGGCCUCAUUGCAGGUGCCCCUCCAGGCCUGGCAGCUCAGCUGCCUGGCCAACUUGGCAUCACGCUGCGGCCUCCAGGACGACUUCAGGCUCCACCCGCCCAGCCUGUUGCUCUUCUACAAGUGAGUGCCUGCCCCCUGCCGGGGCCCCAACGCCCCUGGUCACCUCAGGGCUGCUGGGAGGUCCAGCCCUGUCCCCCAGGACGGCCUGACAGCCUCCCACCCACUUGCAGCCUGAGCCAGGUGCGAGCAGCCGACUGCAGGGCCUUCAUCCACCGCGCCGCCCAGGGGGACGUGGAGCUGCUGGACCACCUGCCUGACCAGAGGGUCACCCUGUGGCGUGUAGCCCUGGCCUGCCUGGGGGGGCCCCUCCCUCGGCUCAGAGCCUCUGACCUGCAGCUGCUCGGGGUCCUGGUGUGUGACAUGGACGCAUCCAGCAUCACCACCGCAGACCCCCGUGUGCUGGAGAACCUGCAGCGCUGCCCCCAGCUGACGGCCGACCAGCGCACUGCCCUCAACUCCCUGCUGGCUGGUGGGAGAACCCAGCUUGGGCCCCCUGGCUCCUGGACAGUGGAGGAGCUGCAGGCCCUGGGCCCCCUGGCUACUUACAUCAGCUCCCACCUGUGGGCACAGGUGCAGGAGGCCGUGGGCCUGGGCUUCUUCCACAGUGUGGUGGCUGCAUGCCGGACAGGGAGGCUCAGCCAGCACGAGGCCAGGCGCUUCGUCUCCAGCUUCCUGGAGUCCAAGGCCAAACCGUUGUCCUCCGGGGGCAGGCUCCGCACAGGGAGAGCCUGCGUCCGAGGCAACAUCACGGCCGCCACCCUGCGGGACGACCUCUUCCUGGUGCACUAUGACUGUGCGCAGCUCGAGUCCUGCCUGGACAGCCGCGUCCUCACAGCCAACCUGGACCCCCUGCUGCAUCACCCGCUCCCCGCCGAGUGCCAGCGCGUGGUCAAGGCCAAGCUCACACAGAUCUACCCUGGAGGCCUCCCGGAGGACCAGCUACGGCUCAUCACCUCGCUGGUCUACCUCUACUCAGGCCCCGAGAUUGGCCAGUGGAAUAUCACCUCCAGCGACACGGUCGUGGCUCUGCUGGCCCCAGACGUGGCCCUGGAGAACCAGACGGAGGUGAGGGCACGGGGGCAGGUGGGUGGGCAGGUGGGCGGCCCGAGCCCCAGUCUGCCCCACUGGCCCUGCCCCUGCCCCCAGGCCGUGCUACAGACGUUUCUGGAUCACAAUGGCACAGUCUCCAGCGCCUUGCUGCUGGCCGUCGGGGGUGCCCGCCUGUGCUGGAUGAGUCCUCAGCAGAUCCAGACCAUCCGUCCCCAGGAGCUCCGGCUGGCCGGGGCCCUGGAUGUCUCCUCCUGCCCCCAGAGCCGGAAGGAUGUGCUCUAUGCCAAGGCCCAGGAGGCCUUCGGCAGCAGCAGGACCCCAACAGCCUACUACGGCCUCAUGCGCCCUUACCUCGGCGGUGCACCGGCGGAGGAGCUGCGGCAGCUGGCCCAGGCCAACAUCUCCAUGGACAUCGACACCUUCGCCAGCCUGAACCCCCAUGUGCUGCAGAGCCUGGAUGUCGGCACCGUGAUUGCGCUGCUGGGUCCCAAUGUGGGGGACCUGCAGAAGGCACGCAGCCACCCCACCGUCAGGUCCUGGCUCCGCAGCCUCAGUAGCUCCGCCCUAGGCCAGCUGGGUCUGGACACUGACCCCGCCAGCCCCAGCGGCUCAGCCCACGCCACCAGCGGGCCCCCCAGCACCACCCCCCAGGCACCCCAUCCGGCCCACACCUCGGGCCUGCCUGGGAACGCUGCCCAGGCCUCCACCUCAGGCAGCCUGUGGGCCCCCCUGGGGUACCUGCCCCUGGCAGUGGCCCUGCCCUCCAGCCUCCUGUGGCUGCUGCACUGGGGAACCUCAGGACCGGUCCCACUCUGCUCCCCAGGGUACCCUGGGUUCUGUGGACAGCGCUGCCUCGGGGUGGCUAGGUUCACAGGGGUCAGGAGCAGGAAAAACAGGGCUGCUGGGUGCAGCAGGAUGCCCACUUGGGCUGAGGGGCAGGCUCUAAGCCCCCAACCAACUUGAGCCCCACCUCCUAGGCCGUGCCGCCCAUCCCCUCCUCCAGGCCCUGGGAGCUGGACUGAGGACUAGGCCUAGAGGAGGUGCCUCACACAUCCACAUCCACAGGCCCAGGCUGCCCACAGAAGACGCUGCCCGGUCCCUGCAGGAGGGCGUGGGCAGGGCCGUGGGCGGGGGCUGGGGCUUCGAGCCACUGACUGUGAUGGUGGAUAUGAAUUAAAGUCCAGGUUGGUGUUC